AUGUUUUCAACACAGGCCACCGAUAAGCCCAUGAGCGAGAAACAGCGGCUGAAAUUUGAGAAAUUCAAGCAAAAGCAGGAGAAUCUCGCACAAAAAUCGCAACAUAUAUCAGAAAGGAAGACAAAGAGGCAGGGUACCCCUAUGGUCGCGGCCAAGGAUUGGGUUGAGGAGACACCUGCUGGACAUAGAAAAAUUUUAAAGCCAUUGGAUGACGACUUUCACAAAGCCUAUCUACCUAAGGUCGUCGAAUCUGCGUGGUACAGCUUCUGGGAGGACCAUGGCUUGUUUAAACCGCAAACUGAGAAGGAUGGUAGACUGAAGCCAAAAGGCAAAUAUGUCAUUGCCAUGCCGCCGCCAAACGUGACGGGGAAGCUACACAUCGGACACGCCUUGGCGCUCUCACUGGAAGACACCCUCAUCAGAUGGCAUCGCAUGCGACAGUUCUCAACUCUUUUUAUCCCUGGCUGCGAUCAUGCAGGUAUUGCGACACAAGCUGUUGUCGAGAAGCAGCUCGCCAAGAAUCCGAUAAAUGGCAAGUCCAGGAGGCAAGAUUUCAGCCGAGAGGAAUUCGUCCAACUAUGCCAGGAUUGGAAGGAAGACUAUCAACAGAAUAUCAACAAUGCGGCACGCAGACUCGGCAUCUCUCCUGACUGGUCUCGGGAGGCCUUCACCAUGAGUCCUCAAUUGUCUAAAGCUGUCACUGAGACCUUCGUAAAGCUACACGAAGAUGGCCUUAUAUACCGAGCCAACAAGCUUGUACAUUGGUCGUGUCGCCUCUCCACGGCUUUGUCAACCCUAGAAGUCGACCAGAAGGAAAUCGAAGGGACGACGAAGCUUGACGUGCCAGGCUAUGACAGAAAGAUUGAAUUCGGAACACUUACGUAUUUCAAAUAUCAGAUCGAGGGCUCUGAUCAAACGAUAGAAGUUGCAACAACAAGGCCUGAAACGAUGUUGGGCGAUACUGGUAUUGCUGUGCAUCCUCAGGACGAUCGAUACACAAGUUUUGUCGGCAAGACUGCGAUUCAUCCGAUAAUACCCGGUAGAAAAUUGCGGAUCAUUGCUGACGAAUAUGUUGAAAGAGAGUUUGGUACUGGCGCAGUCAAGCUGACACCCGCCCAUGAUUACAAUGAUUUCAACCUCGGCAAGAAACAUGGCCUAUCCUUCAUCAACAUCCUAAACGAAGACGGUACUCUUAACAGUAAUGCUGGCCCUUAUGCCGGAGAGAAGAGGUUUAAUGCGAGAUACCGUGUUAUUGAGGAGCUCAAGAAUCUUGGCCUCUAUACGAAGUCGGAGCCGAACAAAAUGACUGUUCCGAUAUGCAGCCGAUCAGGAGACGUCGUUGAGCCGCUUCUCAAACCCCAAUGGUGGAUGAAGAUGGAGUCACUGACGAAACCCGCGAUUGCAGUGGUUGAGAGUGGUGAGUUGGUCAUUAGGCCAGAGGUACAAAAGCGAUCAUACCUUCAGUGGAUGAGAAACCUUCAGGACUGGUGCCUAUCAAGACAAUUGUGGUGGGGCCAUCAGAUACCAGCUUACUUUGUCAGUAUCGAGGGCGAAGACGCCGGUGAUGAUGCUGAUGACAAAUAUUGGGUGUGUGGCAGAACAGAACGUGAAGCUCGUGAAAAAGCGGAGAAAAGGUUCACAGACAAGAACCUGACGCUUAAGCGUGAUGAGGAUGUCUUAGACACCUGGUUCAGCUCUGGGCUUUGGCCUUUUAGCACCCUUGGAUGGCCAGAUCAGACGGCAGAUUUUGAAAAAUAUUUUCCAAAUACCACUAUGGAGACUGGCUGGGACAUUAUCCCGUUCUGGGUGAGCCGUAUGAUUAUGUUCUCUCUGAAAUUGACUGGAAAAGUGCCUUUUACUGAGGUCUACUGUCAUGGCUUGAUUCGUGACAGUGAAGGUCGAAAAAUGUCCAAGUCGCUCGGUAAUGUUGUUGAUCCGAUUGAUAUAAUCGAUGGUAUUAGUCUUGAUGGCCUGCACCAGAAGCUACGGCAAGGGAACCUGGCCCAGAGCGAGAUAAAAAAUGCUGAAAAAUACCAGAAGAAGGCCUUCCCGCAUGGUAUUCCCGACAUCGGGGCCGAUGCGUUGCGGUUCUCACUUAUCAACUAUACACAGUCAUCCGGCGGUGACAUUAAUUUCGACAUAAAGACGAUGCACGGCUAUAGAAAAUUUUGCAAUAAGAUCUACCAGGCCACCAAAUACGUCCUUGGCAAGCUGGGCAAUGAUUUCGUUCCUCGUGAGAGUUCUGCUCUAACAGGGAAAGAGAGUCUGCCUGAGAGAUGGAUCUUGACAAAAAUGAAUACUGCCGCAAAACAUAUCAACCAGGCACUCGAGGCGCGUGAAUUCUCAAAAUCGACCCGGAUUAGUUAUCAGUUCUUGUACGAUGAGCUGUUUGACAUCUAUAUUGAGAAUUCCAAGUCGAUAAUAUCGGAUGGGACACCCGAGGAAGCUCGUUCAGCCAUGGAUACGCUUUACACCACGCUCGAAUCUGGCCUACGACUUGUGUCUCCAUUCAUGCCCUUCUUAACUGAAGAGCUUUGGCAGCGGCUGCCACGCAGACCAGGCGAUGAUACAUCUUCAAUUUCGAUCGCCGAGUAUCCAGAGUUUGAGGAAUCCUUCCAUGAUCCGAAGUCUGAGGUAGCCUAUGAACUCGUACUGGGCUGCUCGAGAGGCCUCCGUUCUCUCUUGGCGGACUAUGUUGUUAAGGAUAAAGGCAUAGCUUAUAUCAUACCUCUCAGUCAAACGCCACAUGACACAGCGUCUGCUCAACUCUCCGCGAUCAAGUCACUCAGUGGCAAGACACCAGUGGAUAUUCGCAUUCUGCCAGUUGGAAGUGCCAGCCCAUUUGGUUGCGCAGUCUUCCCUGUUUCCACUGAGGUGAAUGUCUAUCUUGAAGUCAAGGAUCGUAUACAAGAUGCUGGAAAAGAGGUUGAAAAGUUCAAGGCAAAGUUAGCCGAGACAAGAAGGGACCAAGAGGAUAAUGAAACGCACAGGGCAGAUCUCAGUAAAUUACAGGACAUUAAUGUCACCGAGGCCAGACAAUUGGUUGAGCGUCGAAAACUGGAUCUCGAAGCUAGAUCGCAGGCAUUGCAAGAGACAAUCGUCAUGUUUCAGAAGAUGAUGGUUUAG